AUGAAGGCAGAAUCACUCAUUGCUGCUGCUGCAGCAACAGCAGCAGAACCAGCGCCUUCAAUCCCAGCAGCAGCAGUAGCAGAAGCAUCAGCAACAACAGCAGCAGCAGCAGCAACAGCAGCAGCAGCAAGAAGGGGGCCCCGCCGGGGGGCCCCCAAGGAAGCACCGGGGGCCUCAAGGAUAAAAAAGAAACAAAAGAAGGAGACACCACAUUGUGAGAGCAGCAGCUGUGAAGCCUGCAAGAAGCUGCAGCAGCAGCAGCAGCAGCAGCAGCCGAAGCACGAACAACAUGCGUCUCUAGAUGAAACUGAAGAGGCAGAAGGAGACACUUGUGCCUCUCCCACAGCAGAAGCAGCAGCACCAGCAGCAGCAACUGCAGCAGCAACAAAAGAAACGGCAGCAAUAGCAGCAGAAGGAGCCUCGCUAGCUGCCACAGGAGCAGCAGCAAGCGAUCCAGCAGCAGCAGCAGCUGCGCCAGCAGCAGCAGCAGCAGCUGCUGCUGCAGCAGGAGAUGAAGAGCUAGAGAGCAUUAGGGGUCUUGCUGCUGCUGCUUCUUUUGUUGGUUGCUGCGGCUACCACGUACACCUUAUGCAGCCUGCAGCAUUUGCUGCUGCUUUAAAGGGAUGGUUCAGCAUACACCGCAGAAAGCUGCCCUGGAGAGGAGACCCACCGCCAUACACUUGCUGGAGGGAGACACGCGAAGAGACCAUAAGCCGCGCACCUGCUGCUGCUGCUGCUGCUGCUGCUCCUAACAAGCGAAAGCAGCAGCAGCAGCAGCAGAAGCAGCCCAGCAUCAUGUCGUUCUUCAAAGCUAAGCCAAGUGAGAAGGGGCAAACACCCACAGGCAGCAGCAGCAGCAGCAACAGCAGCAGCAACGGUAACAGCAACAACAGCAGCAGCAACAGCAGCAGCAACAGCAGCAGCAGCUGUAAGAGGGAGGUGGUGGUGGUGUCUGAGGAAGAGGAGGAGGACCUUGCAGCAGCAGCAGGAGAAGCAGCAGCAGCAGGAGCAGCAGAAGCACCCACACCAGCAACAGCAGCAACAGCAGCAGCAACAGCAGCAACAGCAGCAGCAACAGCAGCAGCAGCAGCAGCAACAGCAAAGCGCAGUGCUUAUGGGGUCUGGGUGAGCGAAGUGAUGCUGCAGCAAACGCAAGUGAAGACAGCAAUUUCUUACUGGAUUAGCUGGAUGUCUCGCUGGCCUACUGUCUCUGCUCUCGCUGCUGCUUCCAUCGAGGAAGUCUAUCAGCAGUGGGCGGGGCUCGGAGCUGUGCUGCUGCUUGAGGGUGCCAAGCACGUCAUGGAGAAGCACGGGGGAGAGGUUAGCUAG